AUGACCAGAUAGCAGCAGUUGCCUGUAUUUAAAUGUAGUCACAUCAUACAACUGAGAAUAUCAGCUGCAGGUAUUGUUUUCAUGUUUCCUGUAUAUCAUGUCAGCACUUUGCCUUUUCUUUUCUAUACAGUAAUAUCAGAGGCAUUCAAGUUCUUUCAUCUGUCAUCAAAUUAGUCUUCAUCAUUAAGAGACAGUAGAGAAUUUUAUAUUACUAGUAAUAUAAAAUAAAGUUUCGGGACACGAUAUGAAUGGUAAUCCAAGGGCAAUAUUUAAAGGGAAAGAGAAUAAAUUAAAAAUUAAAAAAUAUGUCAGAAGAGCAGCAGGGAUAAAGCAUGAUAAUGUGCCUCAUAAAAGGAUGUCAAAUGCAGGUGACCAAUGUAGCUUAGAACUUUGCCCGGGUUACUGUGUCUGUAAAUCCAUGGAGGUGCAGAAAUAAGGUGUAAAAGUAAGCUUCAUUUUAGUUUAAGAAUCUAGUUUAAGAAAUUGCACAGCACUGACAGUAUGGGAAAACAAUCCUUGCUUAUCUUCCUGGCCCUCAGACCUAAAUUAACCUCUCUAUACUGUGUCAUUUCUUUGCGUCUAGAUAGCUGACGUCUAGAUACGAACUGAAAUGGCUACAGGCUAAAUUCAUCCAUAAAGUUAGUCUCUUUGUCUGCUAUAAAUGAAAUUUCACUGAGCAUAAGUGUAACAUCACGUGCUGUAGAUUUUGCUGGGAAGCUAAGGUGUUAUGUGGUGCAAGGAUUGCACAGCGAAUGUUUUUAUUCAAAGGCCACCUAUGCUCUAGCCGCAGGCAUAUGGAUAUAACAUACUCUUCAGAUAGUAUAAAAGAUGUUUUCCAACCAGACGAGGACACUGUGCCUAACCUGCUUGGCCUGAGAGCAGACAGCAGUCUGGAGCUCAGGUCUGUAGUGAAGGUGUAGAAGCAGUGGGGCCUCAGCAUCCUUACAGAGCAUCUGAGAGGGAUAGCAUUCAUACAGAAGUGACCUAUAAGAGACUAUCAAAUAGAGUGUAAAUGUAAGUCUUCAGGACUGUGUCAUUUCAGACAGCAUCACGUGCCAUGCAUUGAACCAGUCACUACCUUGCUGUGAACUGCAGCCCUGCAGUGGACUUGCUGGUGGCCUAUGUUAGGUCACAACUGCCUUUCCCUUCUCUGCCCUUGCUUCCCCCAGAUCUGGAGGGAGACAAAAUAUGCCCACAUUCAUUCCCUGAGGACUGGUGUGUUCAGCAUGACUGGGUGUAGGAUGUGGUAAUGAAGGAGUUUGCUUGGUAAAGUAUUUUCUCGUCAGCUCCAUUGGCUUAUUGCAUCUGCUGAACUGGUGGUGACAGAAAGGGAGAUGUAAAGAAGUGCUGCCAAAUUAAAGAAAAUCCAGAAGAUGAAAUGCUUGGUCACUUACUGUGAAAAUUAUUGACAGUGCCUGUGACCUGCACUUCUAACUCUUGCAGUUGUACCAUCUUGUCUUUCCCAUUUCUCACAGCUUGCAUCAUGAAACCGGUUAAUCCAUUUCACUUUGGGGUUUUUUUUGUUUGUUUGUUUGUUUUUAUUUCUCCUACAGAUGUAUCCAGCAGCACUAUGGUUUGGCUAUAAGCCCCUUGAGGGAAUGUGUACUUACUUUCAGGAGACUUGAAAGCAAUCUUAGCACUUCUAUUGCCUUUAAGGCCUAAAUUUUUGGCAAGCCUGAUGUGUCAACAUCUCUUUAGUGUGUAACUGUGUUCCACAUUAGUCUGGUAUUUACAGCUUGGUUUACUGUUUUUUAAUUGAUUAUGUCUGAUUUAGUUACCCGUUUUUAGUCAUGCAGUGCCAUAAAGAGCCCAAUGACAGGUGCAAGUAAAAAUAGCAGUGUUAACACUGAAUCAUUUCUGAACAAGCAACGGAUUUUAACUCACAAACUGGUCUGUUUUAAUUUGCAGAUUUCCUCAAAGUGCUUCAAAACUGUUGAGAUAUCUUUUUCAGUGUUAGAGCUAUGCUUUUUUCCCCUCAAGAUUUUAAAAAUGUUUCAAUUUUCUUUGACUACAUCUGUUUCUGUCCCAUCCUUUGCUACCUCUUAUGAUUUAUCACUUCUUCUUUCUGCAAAAUUUGUUGUUGGUGUUUCCCAGUCUUUUUGUUUUUCCAGUGGGAAUGAAGAUUUUGUUGUUCACCAGAUUUUGCCCUACCAGUCAGUGUCAGUGGAUACAUUCAACUCUAAAAAUGAUGUGUUUGUAGCCAUUGCACAGCCCAGCAUGGAGAACUGCAUGGUGCUCGAGUGGGAUCAUAUUGAAAUGAAUUUCAGGAGUUAUGACAACAUCACAGUUUUGGAAGCAGAGUAUACAGUGUUCUCAUCUGCUGUUCUGAAGUGUCUGCAAAGGCAGCAAGCACCAGCUUGUUCAGGUCAGUCCAUAGUGGGAUGUAAAGCCAUUCUUGUUGGUGACCAAGUCUUUGUGGUGGUGGCACAGCUCUUUGGUGGCUCACACAUUUACAAGUAUGAUGAGAGCUGGACAAAGUUUGUCAAGUUCCAGGAUAUUGAAGUAUCUCGCAUUUCCAAGCCAAAUGAUAUAGAGCUUUUUGAGAUAGACAGUGAAAUGUUUUUUGUCAUAGCAGAUAGCUCCAAAGCAGGUUUGUCAACAGUGUACAAGUGGAAUAACAAAGGAUUUUACUCAUACCAGUCCCUUCAUGAGUGGUUCAGGGACACCGAUGCUGAGUUUCUUGAUAUAGAUGGGAAAUCACAUUUGAUCCUCUCUAGCCGCUCACAGGUUCCCAUUAUACUCCAGUGGAACAAAGCUUCAAAGAAGUUUGUCCCGCAUGGUGAAAUCCCCAACAUGGAAGACGUUCUGGCUGUGAAGAGUUUCAGGAUGCAAAACAACCUGUACAUAACACUCACAAGAUUCAUUGGGGACUCCAGAGUUAUGAAAUGGAACAGCAAACAGUUUGUGGAGAUUCAGGCUCUUCCAUCCCGAGGAGCCAUGACGCUGCAGCCUUUCUCCUUUAAGAAUAAUUACUACCUAGCCCUGGGAAGUGACUAUACCUUCUCCCAGAUAUACCAGUGGGAUGGUGAAAAAAAGCUCUUUAGGCUGUUUAAAGAAAUCUAUGUGCAAGCGCCGCGUUCUUUCACAGCUGUGUCAACAGAUCGAAGAGAUUUUUUCUUUGCCUCUAGUUUUAAAGGAAACACACAAAUAUUUGAACAUAUAAUCAUUGACUUGAGUUUAUGAAAAGCUGCUGGAAUGAAAUUCUUGUAGAAUGACAUUUGUAUACAAGCAAAACAGAGACCUUUCCAAGAACAGGCUGCACCUAUGGAGUAUGAUGACAUUUUCUGAACUUUAAAACUUGCAUAUUAAUCAGGGAGUGCAUUUACUUGAUUGCUGCAUGACAUGUCUGUUUUAUAUUUUUUCAAAGACACUUUGCAACCUGCAGCCAUUCAGAGGAGAGUGCAGUGCAUUAGCAUUAAUUUUGAUAUCUUAGAAAAUGAUCUGAAUUCUAUCCAGGAAAAUACUGUAAAUUGAGCAUCUCUUAGAGAAAGGGGCAAGGAAGCCGUACCAUUUCUGUGCCAAGGCGCAGAAAUGCUUUUGAGUCUUAAACUAACAUCUCAGUAAAGGUUUUAAGAUUAGAGGCAGUUCUUUAUGGUUGCUGAUGAAUUGUAAAAGCAAAUGGCAACAUUCCAGAACGUGUUUUAUUCUGGUUACUUGAGCCCUAUUCUCAAAAUCUGCAUCUAUUUGUGUUUAUAACAAGACCAGGAGGUUUUAACUCACUGCAGAUGAGGCAGAAAGUCAAAAUCUGUUACUAUCUUUCUUUUCUUAAUCAGUGUUUCAGCAACAAAUUGUGCGUAGCAAAUAGCUCAGCCCAGAGUACUUGGAUGGCCAGGAAAUAAAGGUAUGUCACUUCCAGACUGUGUGAUCUUAACAAGUUAAUAUAGACAGAAACUAACAGAGGUCUGGUUGGUGCCAUGAAUGAAAAGACUGCAGAUUGAGUCCACUUUGUGUACUAAUAGGUGUUCCAGAAUGACCUAGUUCAAUCUCUUCUUGAUGGUUCCAGUAGAUUGGGGUGUAUUAGCAAGGAGAUAGUUGACUUAUUCUUCCAUGAGGCACAGCUUAAACUGAGUCUGUAACAUACAUUUGUGUUCUCCAUGCUGCACCUCACCUCUACGCAGUGAGAUGAUUUAUUCCCUAGAGCUCUUCCUCCAGCACAGCUCACAAGCAAUAAGUUCAGGUUUCAUUCAUCACAAGCUGUAUCUGGGGAGUCCUCCUGGCCGAGGACCAGAUAUGACUUCAAUAUCACCAAAUCUUUUGAAACCAGGACAACUGGAGCUGUUCCAACCUAGAGUGUUUUCUGCCUCCAAGAUGAAGAGUUUCCUCUUGGUGACUCCAGGCUUUUGCCAGGUUGCCAUGCUGCUGGAGGUCUUGCAGGUUAAACAGUAGGAUGUGAACGGACCACAUUGCUUUGGUAUUUUGGGUGGCUACAGACUAAGGCAUUCAUUCAUCUUAAAUAAGGCAGUCCUGGUGUGCACUGAGCCUCUGUCGGGAUAGCAGCUGGCAUCUGUUUUCCCUGAAAGGCUCUCUAACAUACUAACCAACACAGCUGUACACAGAAGCUUUUUCUUUUUUCCAUGUAUAGAUUAUGCUUCUUUGUGUUUUCAUGUCAUGUAGCUUAUCAAGUUAUUUUCUCAUGGAUUUUGCUGCUGCAUUUCUGCCUUGGAGACUUGGUGCAAAAGAAGCAGAGCAAACAAAGCUUUCCUUUGUUCUUCCGUAUUUGAGAACAUCUCACCAUCUUUGCUAUGUGAGCUUCACGUUUUUGCCUUGGACAUGUGAAACAUGGUUUGUUACUAAAACCAGAGAUGUUCUCACAGGUUUUCCCAUAUCCAGGUUGAACAGUGCUGCAGGUGAGGAUUGUGCAGAAGGGCUCCACGAGAAGUCACAACUAACAGUGACUGGGAUAUUGCAGCCUUCUCCAAGUUUUGCCGUGCUGCUCUGAAACAAAGUGUUAUUAUUGGCCUGUCAGAGAUAUAAUUCAUUUUAUUCUGUUCUUAAAUUACAUGUUAUUUUCUUCCUGUACGGUUGGUCAUUUUGGUUUUAUUUUUAAUUACAUGGGCAGUACCGCCCAUACAGCCUCUGAAGUACUGGUUGGUGCUCUGCACUCCAAGUUCUAGCAAUGCCUCUCUUAGGAUCAGACUAACAAAGCCACAAAAGUAAGAAAUAGUUCACGUGAACGAAACAUCUUACCAUUUUCCUCAUUAGCUUUUAAAAGCCUCUCUUCAUACAGCCACUACGGCUGACGAGCACAUUAAGUUGUGUAGGAAGGCAUUUUUUAUUUCUUUCCUGUCUAACGUGUUAAAAUACAGUCACGUAUUCUGAUGAGGAGGGGCACUUCUCAGCAGUUUCUUGUAGGGCUCGCUGCUAGUGCUAUGCACUCAUUGAUGGCACACAUCCAAGAGCUAAAAGCUGGCUUAGAGAAAUUGGAUCUUGAUAUUUUCUAUUUGAGGGGAAGCAAGAGGACGGUGAGAAAGUGCUUUUGUAUCCAAUACCAGGAGAUUGUACUGUUGUGAGGGAGUCCAGGGGAUUUGAGACUCGGCUAUCAAGUUGAAUUAAAUUAAAACGGUCUCCACAGAGACGGGCUUAAUAAAGAGGAUGAAGUGAUCAGCAGGAGCCUGGCUCGUUCGCAUGGGACCAGAGAGGAAAGUGGGGGAAAUGAAUGCUGCGGGCAGGCUGCCAUGGAUGUGAGGGGCUCUGCUGGGGCUUGGGGAGCUGGGCUCAGCAUCGUGCUUCAGGACAGAGCAGGAGCUGCUGGGUGAGUGCACAGAGAGAGGAGAAGAUCCAGAGAGAGGACGGAACAGCACCAGUUGGUGGGAAAAAGGGGGCAGGGUAAAUUCCUCAGGGCUUAACAGCAUCUCAUAGUCUCGCUCUGCCCUUCCUGCUCCCAGGCUGAAGCAACCAAGCACCUAAAUUCUGCCUUUCCAAAUGCGACUACAGUUCUGUCUCCUGUGUUCUGUAAAGCAGUUGUUGCAAGUAGCGAAUAAUCUUUGCAUAUCCAGAACGGACUGCAGCUGUGAGAAAAUCUCAUGUGAGACAGGAUGGCAGAACAUCCCACUGGUAACUUUUGACGUGUUCUAAAAUACACAAUUCUGUAAAGAGCAGUGGUUGCUGUCAACGUAGCUUUAACACAGUGUGCUUGCUGCAGUGGGAGCACAUGAAGGCUGUGUUCAAUUCGGCCCUUUUUAGUAAAGAGGUGAUGUACUCCGUGCUACUGACGCUGUAUGUACUCUUUCAUCCUUGAAUAAAAUGUAGUUACUGAGA